CCCUGCGCAUGAGUGUGUGUGGAUGUGUGUAUUAGGCUAAUCCCUUCCCUCCCGUACACCUCUCUGUCCCCGGGAACCUCUCAUGACAGGGCGGAUUUGAGGCCGGCGGACCCCCGCAGCCCCGAUCGCGGAUCUCGGCUCCCCUCCCCCUUUUGUGGGCCGGUUGCCAUGGAGAGCUCAUCGGUGGCAUCAGCAUCGUCUGAGGCGGGAAGCACUCGCUCGCAGGAGAUCGAGGAGCUGGAACGCUUCAUCGACAGCUACGUGCUGGAGUACCAGGUGCAGGGACUCCUGAACGACAAAAACGACACGGACCAGGACGUGGACAAGCCCCCGACCCAUGCCUCACAGUGGGCAGAGGACUGCAGUGAUAAGGUUGAUGGAAGCUGGUCGUCGUCACGGGGAAGGGGCUCAUCCAAACCAGAUGAGUGGGAGCACAGCAGUAACGGUAGCACAGGUUCUAGACCCAGUUCAGGUUCUCAACACGGUUCUGGUUCUAGAUCAGGCAGCAGAGGACAGAACAACCAGUUCAGAGCUAAGAAUGGAAACCGAGAUUGUGCUCUUGACAUCCUGGGAACAGACAUAUGGGCUGCUAACCUGGACAGUCACGGAGGUGCUACGUGGGACAUGCAGCCAGAGAAACUGGAUUUCUCACAGUUUCACAGGAGGCCGUAUCGAGGGACACCCAAACACCUCCCCCACAUCGACCGAGAGGGGAUGAUGAAGGGAACAUUUGAGGAUGAUGAUGAUGAUGGAAUUGAUCUGGAAAGCAUCAACAAAUUCCUGCCCACCCUGCCGGUCUUUCCUCCGCUGCAGAAUGACGCUGAUAUCGCACAUGCUAAAAAGCUGUUUCGCAGACGCAGAACGGACCGUCGUUCCCUCUGUCUGUGUUCUCUUUUUAUCCUCCAUCCCUCCCUCAUUCACACAUCAUCUCCCUGUCACACCCGUAGCCGAACUGAGCCGUCCCCGGACCAGCUCACCGUACAGCUCUCAGCUGAGGGAAAGAGGCAAGUGUCCAGGAGACAACAGCGCCCACCUGGAGGAGGUGGAGGAGGUGGCGUGAAAUCCCAGAAUCCCCUGCAGCAGCAUGGACUGCAGCAGCAACAGCCGCCCAAUCAGACGCAGCAGCAGGCCAACGCAGACCACCAAUCAGGUGUCAGCACUAAGCACGGAGGGUGGGGUUACCAGGGACAGCAGAACCAGGGCGGGCGUCAGGGCGGCCCCCAUCACGGCUACAGCCAGAACCGUCGCUGGCACCAGCAUCCAAAACACCAGACGAACAAUUUCAGUCAAGGGGGCGACAGGACCCCCACACGUAUUGCCAAAGAGACCGAGAAUGUGAAACAGGACGAGCCAGAGCCUCGGAUAGAGAGAGCGGUUAAGGAUGAGCCGGUGAGAGAGCAGAGACCGAAGAAUGAGAACGAGGGAAAGACAGAAGCUGGGAAGAUCAGUUUACUGCAGUCGUCUAAAGAGAGACUCCGGAAGAGAUUGAAAGAGAAGGAGGAUGUUCCCGUGGCGACGGCCGGACCGCAGCAGAACCGAAUGGAUCGAUUGUUAGAGAUUCUGAACAGCAUGAGAAACAACAGAAGCGGUGUGGAGGCUCAGCUCACCGCGUUCAUGGAGGAGGCGCAGAGCUCGGCCGACUCGGAAGAGACUCUGAACGAAAUCGUCCACACCAUCUAUCAUAAAGCCGUCAGCGAUCGAAGCUUCGCGGCCACUGCGGCCAAACUCUGUGACAAGAUGGCUCUGUUCAUGGUGGAGGGGACCAAAUUCCGCUCUCUGUUACUCAAUAUGUUACAGAGAGACUUCACGCGGCGUGAUGAGUUGCGGCAGAUGGAUGUGGAGAGCUGGUUGGGCUUUGUUACGUUUCUGUGUGAAGUGUUUGGCACGAUGAGAAGCAGCGCUGGAGAGCCGUUCAGAGUGCUGGUGUGCCCCAUCUACUCCUGCUUAAGAGAGCUCCUUCAGUCUCCUGAUGUGAAGGAGGACGCUGUUCUCUGCUGUUCUAUGGAGCUCCAGAGCACCGGACGCUUGUUGGAGGAUCAGCUGCCGGAGAUGAUGACCGAGCUGCUGGCCGCCGUGAGGGAUAAGAUGUUGUGUCCGUCCGAGUCCCAGCUGACGCGUUCGCUCCUGAUGGAGGUCGUCGAGCUCCAUGCUCACCGCUGGAGCCCGCUGGAGGCGCUGACCACCGCUUACUACAACAGAACCAUCCAGAAACUCACAGCGUGAUGGAUGUGUGACGGCCGCGUGCAACUACACAACCAUCACGAUAACUUUCAAGCAAACCACUGGAGGUCACGGACACGCUGAACGGCCACAGAAUGUUUCACAAGGCCGUCGGCACGUACACGCAUACACACGGCAACAGACAGAUGACAGAAACACGGAUGAGACGGGCAUUAUGGGAUGGGGGUUGGCCGAAGGGUCGGAGUUCAAAGGGUAAAAUAUGCAGAUGGAAAUGAAUAUGUAUUUAUUUUCACGUCAGACCUGCAUAUUUAUGAGUAAAUCCAGACAUACGGACUCGAAACCAGACGGUCAUUACACACGCAGACAGACAGUCGGUCGUGUGUGUGUGUGUGUGUGUGUGUGUGUGCGUUUUAAGAGCUUCCAUGAAACGGAACGAUAACAAAAAAGAUGUACAGUGCACAUUUCACCACAAAAUCAAAAGAAAUAGGUUAUUUUAAAAUAGGAAAAUGAAGCCUAGUUUUCAAACAUUCAAGAUAUUUUGCCUUCAGUUCCUCAUUGCUGUAAUGCUAUUUGUUUAACUUGAAUUCAGAUUAUUCACAGUGGUACUGUACUGCAGUAAUGUUUGACUGUUCACCUCAAAUACUUUUAUCAUUUUACAAUAUUGAAUUAUACGUUUCAUUAUGAAUAAUUUAAAGACCGUACAUUUAAAAUAAUUAUAAGACGUUAUAAUUGUAUAUUUUUAUAUAUACUUUAUAUACAUAUACAGUGUAUAUACAUAGGUAUAUAUAUAUAUAUAUAUAUAAAUAUAUAUAUAUAUAUGGGACUAAAAUCUUAGUUUUUUUUUGUUAAUGAUGGUUAAGAUAAUGUAAUGAAGAAUCUGAAAAGAGAAACAGGCUUCGUUUUUGUUUUUAAUAUAACAAUUUGAUUAUUUUGUUACAAACUGUGGCAUGUUGACAUCUUCCGUGUGAUUGGUCCUCGCAGCGAUGAAUUAUUAAGCUAAGGACAGUACAGGUUGAAUCUCCAGACAGUUCGGAAGCCCAGGGGCUGAGCUCCAUCCAUCCAUCCAUCCAUCCAAACCCCUCGGGUGUUAGGAGCACGCCGUCGCCCCACAGGGGUGUCCAGCUGGGGUCACAUCAGCUCCAAAGAGCGAGACCUUCUUUUGUCAUAGCCCCUCACACACGGCAGAUGGCUGCAAGACUCUGAAAGGCUUGGACACACACACACGCACGCACGCACAGCUCUUCCUCCAGUGUGUUUUCGUGAGGUUCAACAUAACGUGAUCUGAUUCUCCACAUGAUCAGUCGGAUCUCUGAGUUUUCUGUUUUGUUUGUUGUUGUUGUUGUGGGCCACGUCCAAUAGCGGCCUCUCGUCCCUGUUUAUAAUGUGUUAUAGUGUCUUAAUACUAUGCAUCGUUGAUGUUAUUAUUCUUUCUUUUAUUGCGUUUUUUAUAAAGAACGUGUGUAAUAGGCCUCAUUCAUGUGUGUUAAAGCAUCGGUGCGUACAUUUUUAGAAAAAUUCAAAUCAAGGAUUUAAAGAUAAUGCUUUACAAACUAAUGUGCAGAACAGAUUUCUAUGGAAAUUGUUGAUACAUUGAUUUUCAUUGAUUUUCAUGACAAUAUUUUAUUUUUCAAGUAUUUAAUGUCGUUUAUGUAUGAGCAAUUUCUAAAGUAAUGCUGUUUUGAUGAAUGAGGUCCAGUGUUUUAGCCGUAGAUCCGUUGCACAGGAUUCAUUUUGUUUUGCACUGUUUUAAGGCAAUUGCUUUGAAAAAAGAAAAGAGAGAGAGAGAGAGAGAGAGAGAGAGAAAAAGUGUAUGUAUAAGCGACAUGGGUUGUAGAAGAUUUUGAAUGUUGAACAUUUCUGGCUAGAAUGAUUUUUAGAUUUGAAAUGAUUUUGGGAGAAAACGGUGGCCUUGAAACCCCUGUGCGUUUAAUGUUGAAUCUUUUGUUGGAGAUUGAAAGACCUGUGCAGAACAGUUUUUUAUUGCCCUGCGUCGUUCGGCUUGCUCAAUAGAAAAAAUAUAAAAGAUUACGCAUGAAUGAAAAUUAAAUUGGUUGUUAAGUAUAAAAGCCAUUUUGCCGUGGUCGUUCUAUUUAACCAUUAAACCAUUUACUUUUAACAAAUUUGAUGGUGAUAAAAUCUUUGAACAUUAUAUAUAUAUAGCUAAUAAGUGUCAAUUUCUCUGGCUUUGGUGACUGUGUGCAUUAUGAUAUUGAGUUAACACAAGCCAGUCAUCUAGUUCUAUAUAAGCUAUGUGUAAUCUUGUAAACGGCAUAUGAAUAUGGAACAUAGGAAAUGUUUUGAUCUUAGUUGGUGGCCUCCAGCUUUAGUCAUUUAUUGAAGGAAACACGAGCAGAACCUCAGACGUUCUGGCAGCUUUGGACUUUUCUGUACCUUUUGUCUUGCAUCAAGAAUCUAAAUGUAAAGAACACACACUCGCAAAAACACGGCGGGUCAAACUUCACCCCAAAAUUAUAUUUUGUGUAAAAACAUUAAGUUUGAUUUUCGCACAGUGUUUGCCAUGAGAUUCUCAUGAUCACAACCUGAUUGUACGUUUUAAUUUUUACUACUUUAUUCUCAUUAUUCCAAGUCUUUUUAUUUUCUUAGCGAAGACACAGUUCUUGGGUAUUUUACUAUAAAUUAAAAGCACUAAAACAAAUGUUACCAUAAUGUACGAAUAGCGUUCUUAUCAUCGCGGUAAUGAGAAUUUGGUGGAAAUCGUUUAUUUGUUUUAAUAAAAAUGUGUCAAUGGCACCAUAACAGGCUUUUCUUUUGCAAAAUGUAAUUUCAUGAUUUUGGGGUGAAAUGUGAGAUUCAACCGUACAGAGUGAUGUCAUACACACACAUAGAAUAACAUCGUCUUUGUGAGUGUGUGUUUCUAAAUCAUGAGUUUGUUGUUGUUUUUAUAUUUUUGAGUUCAUUUGAUCUGGUUUGGAUCUGUUUGCGGGUGAUUUUGACAGGGUUGUGUUUUAGGCUCUCUCGUACCCUUUGACCCUUUCAGUGUUGUGAGCCGACUGUUGAACGCAUCUUCAAGAGCAGGUGUGUGUACUCUGUCAGCGGAGCCAACUGUAGAUUGGGCUUAUUAAAUGAUGUCAUUAGAGUUGUUUUAUGCAAGUGAAAAUAAAUAGAGAAGGGAUGUUAAAUGGA